AUGGAAUUUGCUAUCAAAAUGGUAUUUGACGACUGUCAAGAAAAUCACAAAUUGAACUUUGAAGUUUCAAGCCCAGACUUCAAGGUGGAAUCCAAUGGAGCUUUAGUUGCACUGAGAAAUUUAUCAGAUGCUGGGAGAGCUUUAUUCAUCCAUGCCCAGUCAGCCCAGGCAGAAGAUACAGCAGAGGUAUUGAUUGCUGGCAGAAAAGAAAAAUCUGGUUCUUUAAAGGAAAUGUUUAAAGCAGAAGGUGGCCUUGGAAACAUACGACAAAGAAGAUCGAUUGUUGCACCUCCAAUCUUAAUUCCCGAAAAUCAGAGACCCCCCUUUCCAAAACUUGUAGGCAAGGUGAUAGAUAUCGACCGGCCAGAAGGUUCAAAGUUCCGAAUUUUUGGGAAAGGAGUAGAACAGGAACCAAAGGGAAUUUUCAAGAUCAUUGAAGGCACAGGAGAAGUCUUUGUAACACAACAACUUGAUAGAGAAGCCAUUGCUACAUACGAGCUGCAGGUGGAGAUCACUGAUGUCUCUGGCAAGAUCAUAGAAGGUCCAGUCCCUUUUGAUAUUAUUAUCAUUGAUCAGAAUGACAACAGGCCUAUCUUCCGGGAAGGACCAUACAUUGGGCAUGUCAUGGAAGGAUCUCCAACAGGAAGCACUGUCAUGCGUGUGACAGCAUUUGAUGCUGACGAUCCCUCUACAGAUAAUGCUGUGCUGAGAUACAACAUUCUUAAGCAGACUCCAGACAAGCCAUCCCCAAACAUGUUCUACAUAGACCCAGAGAAAGGAGACAUCGUCACGGUUGUAUCUCCAGCCAUGUUGGACCGCGAAACAAUGGAAAAUCCAAAAUAUGAGCUAAUCAUAGAAGCAAAGGACAUGGCUGGACAUGAAGUUGGGUUGACUGGGACCACCACCGCAACGAUUGUCAUUGAUGAUAAAAACGAUCAUGCACCAGAAUUCACCAAGAAAGAG